AAGGACAAAAAAGCGUACGCCCACGACACGUCCGGGAAACAUGGACUUGAACGAGUUCAUUGUCAAGAGAUUUCGCCGGUCGAAACUUUGCUCAUUCAGCUUUCCAUGCACAAUGAAUCUGGAUUGAAAAUUAAAGAGACACAAAACAUGGCGCCACUCAACCACUAAUGAUGUUUAUUACGGACAUUUCCCAGGCUGAAGGUGAGAGUAAGCUAUGAAUUGGACUGAGGUCAGGAGACCAAAAACGGUUAUACAUUCGAAGGAACUGAUACCCCAGCAGGAGUCCUAAGUGUCUAAGUGAGAAUCACUUUUUUCUUAUUUUUCAGACUGUUCUAUCUGAAUAGCAAUGAAUGCCUAUGUGGGAAUCAAAAGACAGCCCAGUAACCCUCACCAGUAUUCCAGCAUGACACCAAGGAUCCCCACUGAUAAGCCUAAGGUACCACCUCGGCCUGAAAGACCGUUCAUUGCACCUCCCAUACCCCAACCUAAAGUAAUCCAAAGACCAGAGGACUUCCCGAGGGUACUUAGCCUGGAACCCACACCUCACACGCCGAACAGUGACCUAGCCGUAUUCCUGGCAGAAACGAAACUGCCCCAGCACAUCAGAAUUACCGAAUCGCUUGCGGUUUCUUACUCUAAGACAGUAAUUAAUAAAGGUGAUGCUUUCCUUCUUCACUUCAUCUAUGAUAACCCUACAGUUCAUGCGUCUACAUUAGAUGGAACCAAACUACGCUUACCGAUACAUGCCGAACAGAAUUAUGAGAUGCUCCCACUUGAUCCACGUUUGGAUGACAUGGAGUACGAAGGGACUACAGCGCUGAUGAACGCUGAUCCUCUACCCGCCUUUGUCAGGGUGCUCGAAGCUCACUGCUCCACCAUACAGGAUGAGUUCCAGGAGGUUGAUGACAUCAUCGAAAUAGAAGGUUUUGAGCAUGACGAGGAACGAGGCAAGCUCCUGGUCGGGAAAUGCGGUAAAGCGCAAAUAAAAUAUUCUGAGGAAAUGGAUACGUGCGUAUAUUCUACCAUGUUAUCACCCACACUUCAUCGAAUGACUCAACUCAAAGACCAGAAAUUCCCUCAGAGAGUACGAAUUCCAGAUGAGACGAAGGCAUUUUCCGAAAGAACAUUCAAAGAAGAAAUGGUACUUCACCUGAACUCGUAUUCCAUCGAUAAAUGCAUCGUAGCCACUCGGGAUGGUGAUCCUCACAUCUACUCCAUUCCAGUGGACACACCCAUCAAAUUCACCCAUGAGCCAAUCACAGGGACGGGGAAACGCAUCCUCGAAGCGCUACCAUCCUUGUAUCCCUUGGUUAACACGAGCUGGGGGCUGGUAGAUCCAACGCAGGGGGCGCUGAUGCCACACAUGGAGACCAUUCCUCAACCUAUUCCAGGUGUCCUACAAGCAUGGCUUACCUGUGAAGAAGGGAAGGAUUACGCUUGUAAUAUGGCAGAGAGUCGAUUGGAUGAUCUCAAAGAAGAAGUUGUGGUUGCACACAAAGAAAUGAGAAGAAUGAAGGCAGAUUUGGAUUCCUUGAAGAAUAGGAGAACUGCCCAGGAGAGACCUACAGAUCCAUCAGCUCCGAUAGUACCACCAAGACUGAAAUGCGAUGACAAGCCUCCAGACAUCCCUGAAAGACCACCUGCUUCCUCUGAGCCUCCUAAGUUACCCCCUCGACCGACUGACAACAUUAACAUGAUUAAAGCACGUAUCAAUAGCGAUGUAGCUUCCGACUCGGAUGACUAUGAAGACGUGGAUCUGACCACAACGACGUUACCUCCCGGUGCGUCACCGAAUAUUUUGAGGGCAAUUAAAGAUGUAUUAGCCAAGAAAGAGCAGGAACUUCAGGAGGAAAGACAACGGGUGGAGUUUUGGAAAAGCAAAUGCAAGGCCUUGGAAAAUCGAAAUAUUUCAGCAGUAUAUGAAGAACUGCCAGAUUUUCCUGAUGAAGCAACCAACCAUGAAGAACUCGAUGAGGACAAUUACCUUACACCAUGUACACCUUCCUGCAGUGCAUCGCCAUCACAUUACCGAGCUCCUGCUCAUAAUCCACCACGGGUUGCUGCUCCUCGCCGUCAGGCUCCCGCUCCUCGAUCCCUUCACCAGUGGACAGUAGCAGAAGUGGGAGACUUUCUGCGGCUGCAUGGCAUGGGACAAUACCUGGAAGUUUUCCGAAAGAACGAUGUCAAUGGUUCUUUGCUUUCUGACCUCCAAGAAUGUCACCUUUUGGACCUGACCAUGACCAAGCAACAUGCUUCGAAACUGAGAAAGGAACUAGAUAAACUCCACGAGCACGUUUUACCACUGCAUCGAUAGUAAAAUAUAAAAAAUGUAUAUAACAAACCAAAUCAAUUAAAUGUAAAAAGAUGACCAUAGAAUUAAGCUCCCCAUUAAAAUGGCAUUAUUUUUACGAUAAAGGUUUUGCACAAUAUAACCUACUCGUUCCUAAAGCGAUUCGCCAAGUCAUACAUCAAUGAGUAAGAAAACACACGCAGCUAUUACUAGUAGUUUGAAGUUUCGAAAAUAAAAUCACCAAGACCAUGUUUAUCAUAAUUUGGCAACGUUCUGAAUAGGUGGUGCCGAAUUUGAAAUCCCACCUCUAUCAGGUUGGGAAACGGCGUAAAUGUAUACUCAGGUAUUAAAACUGACCGUUAUGAUUUGAAUCACUAUUUCUCUUCAGAAAAAUCUAGUCUAUCGACAGGUGUGAUACACAUUUCUGUUUAUCUAUCUAUCUAGAGAAAGAAGGAAAGAGAGAAGAAUGAUAAAAUUGAAAAAUAGAAUUUUAACAGAGCCCUUGUCCACUAAUAAUGGACGCUAGUGGUUUAGGGGUUGUUUGUCAAUUUAUUGUCUAUAAAAACUUGACAAAAAUACGUCUACCACUUAUGACACUCCUCCUAUUUUCUUGGCACAUAUUUUCAUAUUUUUUCAUAUUUUUUCUUAAUUAGAAAAAAACCGGUAAUACAGAUUUCUCCUUCCUUUUCCUUGUUUUUUAGAUUUUUACUAAUACCCUGUUUUCUCCUCGCUUUUCCUUUAAUUUUUAUUUCUAUUCAGUACUUGAAAAUCAUAGGGGCGUUUGUCCCUUGCCUCUAUCAGUGCCAUCCAUGUGGCGAUCAUAAUAGAUCGUUGAAGAAUCUUAUUCCACUAUCACCUUCACAAUGAACAAGAUAAUAAUAUUUGUAUCUAAUUUUCAGCGCAGUAAUGUCUUU